AUGCGCGUGAGGAGGCAGUCGACACUGACACCCGAUAAGACAUCAACACCAUCGAAAGUGGAGGCACCAAAAAAACUAAAAGGGUCAAGACCGAAAACUUCUAGUACUGAUACCUUGAGUCCAGAAACAAAAAGAGCAUUGAAGGGAUUGUCUUUCGUGAGUGCCUGUGCGGGAAUAAUACUGAUCAUGUAUUCAGGUAGACCAUUCGAAGGUGAUCGUGAAAAUCAGUACAAGGAUUUAGACAAUUUCGCUGCAUGGUAUAAGCGAUUGGAGGCACGCGGGAAUGAUCUUCUUCAUUUCUUCACAGAACCUUCAUCGGACAAAUUACUGCCGGACAAAGACUCUCUACCAAAUUAUUCUCCAUACACAUUGGUGAUCAAUUUGGAUCAAACGCUUAUUUAUUCAACCUGGGAUAGGGAGCACGGCUGGCGAACUGCAAAACGGCCAGGCGUUGACUUCUUCCUGUUUGUCUUGUCGAAUCUAUUCGAGGUGGUUAUUUUCACCUCACAGCCUUCUUACGUUGCCGAUCAGAUCCUCGCAAAGCUUGAUCCACUUGCAAUGGUCCCUUUGAGGCUUUAUAGAGAGUCAACGAGAUAUGUGGACGGAAAGAUCGUCAAGGAUAUUUCCAAGUUGAAUCGCGAUCUUUCCAAAGUGAUAAUAAUGGAUUCAAAUCCUGAUGCCUAUUCGUUACAACCUGAAAACGCUAUCGCCAUUCCCCCGUGGAAGGGGGAUCCCAACGACACCUUCCUGAUCGAUAUUAUUCCAUUUCUUGAGCAUUUCACUCUAUUGGCACCCUAUGAAAUCAAAGAUGUCCGUCCAAUAUUAAAACAAUUUCAGGGAACUGACGUCCCUAAGGCAUAUGCCGUAUGGGAGGAACGAUGGAAGGAGAAAAAGCGACAAGAAUUGGAAAAGGCUAAGAGUGAGAAGAAAGGAUUGGCAAGUUGGGCAUCCCUCCUUGGUGUCGGUCACGCUCACGAUCAAAUCCCCCCGUAUCAGCAGGCAUUGUUGCACCGACAGAUGGUACACGAAGAGUUGGUGCAGCAUUACAAAUCCGUGAAGGAACAGAGUCCAGAACUACAACGGGCAAUGAAACAAGACAUGGAUAAUUAUGAGAAGCAGAUUGCGGAAAGGAUGAAAGAACAGAAGAUGACACUUUGGCAGCUCGCGACGCAGAUUUUGCUCGGCAUUCAAAAUCUUCUUGACGAACCUAACCCUGAGAGUCCAGCACAAUCAGAAGCGUAUACGCUCUUCAAAAAAAAUCGUGCGGAAUAUGAAAAGAGAGUUCGACAGCAAGCUAGGGAGAAUCCGGCAUGA